ACCUGACCCGGAGGCGACGGUCUGCGCCGCACACGUGUUUCGGGAGCAUGGCGGAGAUGGAGGAUCAGGAGCUGGCGGAGCCGAUGUCUCCGGAGGCGGUGGCGGAAGCCGACCGCCGCGGCUUGCUGAAGCACAGCCGCGAGUUCUUGGACUUCUUCUGGGACAUCGCGAAGCCGGAGCAGCAGACGCGGCUGGAGGCCACGGAGAAGCUGCUGGAGUACCUGCGCACGAGGCCCAGGGGGUCGGAGAUGAAAUACGCCCUGAAGCGCCUGAUCACUGGGCUCGGGGUGGGGCGAGAAAACGUUCGACCGUGCUACAGCCUGGCCCUAGCGCAGCUGUUGCAGUCUUUUGAAGACAUCCCCUUGUGCAGCAUCCUGCAGCAGAUCCAAGAAAAAUACGGGCUGGAUUCGGUGCCACAGGCCACGAUGAGACCCAGUCUCUUUGCAAACCUGUUUGGGGUGCUAGCCCUCUUUCAGUCGGGCCGUCUGGUGAAGGACCAGGAGGCACUGAUGAAGUCGGUGAAGCUGCUGCAGACCCUGGCCCAGCACCACAACCACCUUCAGGAGCAGCCCCAGAAGGCCCUGGUGGACAUCCUCUCUGAGGUGCCGGAGGCCGUGUUGCAGGGGAUGCUGCCCAAGGUGCUCAAGGCCGACCUGGAUGUGGUGCUCAGCUCCCCGGAGCACCUGGCGCUCUUCCUCUUGGCGCGGAAGAAGGUGCCCGCAAAGCUGGAGAAGCUGAUGGGCUCUGUCGACCUGUUCUCCGACGAGAACAUCCCCAGGCUGGUGGACGUGCUGAGGACGGCUGCCGCCUCCGUGAAGAAGGAACAGCGGCUGCCCGCCGUGGCCCUGGGCGUGCUGCAGCUGGCGCUGGAGGAGGACAAGUUUCCUCGCUUCUGGAAGCAAGCUGUGGAGCAGGGGCUGCUACAGAAGCAGCUCUGGCCGGUCAGCUACAUGUGCUUCCGCCUGCUGGGCACGGCCCUGCCCCUGCUGUCCAAGGAGCAGCUGCAGCUGGUGCUGCGGGGGGACCUGAUCCGCUAUUUCGGGGAGCACUCGAUCACAGUUCAGAACAAGUACAGGUUUGUUCCCGAGAUGACCGACUUCGUGAACGCCUUUCUGGAGGGAAGCCAGGAUGACCCCGAGCGGCAGCUGAUGGUGCUGGUGGCCUUCUCGUCCGUCACCAACCAAGGCCUCCCCGUCGUGCCCACCUUCUGGCGUGUGCUGCGGUUCCUGAGCCCCCGUGCCCUGCAGGGCUACGUGGCCUGGCUGCAGGGCAUGCUUCUCCAGCCCGACCUGGACUCCUUGCUUGACUUCAGCACCAACAGCCAGAAGAAAGCCCAGGACACCACACCCCACGUGCCUGAGCGAGCUGUGUUCCGGCUGCGGAAAUGGAUCAUCCAUCGCAUGGUCAACCUGGUGGACCACUUAGUGCAGGGGAAGGAGGAGGCCUUGAUCGAGCAGCUAGCCAGGUUUUGCUUGUUCCAUUCGUUCUUCAAAACAAAGAAGCCCACCGGCCAGAUCCCGGAAACUAAGCAGCAGUUCUCCCCGCCUUUGGACACCCGGGGCCGAGAGGUCAUUGGCAGUGCCUUCUUCAGCCUGCUCCAGGCCCUCAGCACGCAGCUCAAGCAGGCGGCAGCCCAGGGCCCAGGCGGGCAGUCCUGGACCUACCGCCUGGUGCAGUUGGCAAACACACUGUUAAACCACAGCCGCAAUGUGGCCCUUGUGACGCCCUUCACGACGGAGCAGCGCGAGGCCUGGGACCAGAUGCUACAGACACUGAAGGAGCUGGAGGCCCGCUCCUCAGAGGCCAAGGCCGCUGCCUUCCAGCACCUGCUGCUGCUGGUGGGCAUCAACCUCUUCAAGUCUCCUACAGAGAGCUGUGACCUCCUCGGGGACAUCCAGGCCUGCAUCAAGAAGAGCAUGGAGGAGAAGGCCCAGCGACCCCGUUCCAAGGCCAUCAGCGCCCAGGAGCCGCCGUGGGUGGAAGUGAUGGUGGAGAUCCUGCUGUCCCUGCUGGCGCAGCCCAGCCACCUGAUGCGCCAGGUGGCCCGGAGUGUGUUUGGCCCCAUCUGCCCCCACCUCACUCCACGGGCCCUGCAGUUGAUCCUGGCUGUGGUGAACCCCGAGAGCGGCCAGGAUGCGGACGACAACGUGGUGGUGACCGACGUCGCCGCUGGGAAGCAGGCGAGGAGUGUGGAGGACCAGGAUGAGGAGGACGACAAGGACUCAGAGAGUGAGGGGGAGGACGACGAGGACGAGAGCGAGGAGGAGGAGCGCGACGGGGAUGUGGACCCGGGUUUCCGGGAGCAGCUGAUGGAAGUGCUGCGGGCCGGGAAGGCGCUGGGUGGCGCGGACAGCGAGGACGAUGGGGAGGAGCUGGGAGAUGACGCCAUGAUGGCGCUGGACCAGAACCUCGCCAGCCUCUUCGCCGAGCAGAAGCUGCGCAUCCAGGCGCGGCGGGACGAGAAGAACAAGUUGCAGAAGGAGAAGGCGCUCCGGCGGGACUUCCAGAUCCGGGUGCUGGACCUGGUCGAGGUGUUGGUGACCAAGCAGCCCGAGCACCCCCUGGUCCUGGAGCUGAUCGAGCCACUGCUGAGCAUCAUCCGGUGCAGCGGCGGCGGCAGCAAGCAGGAGCGUGACCUGCUGCACAAGACAGCCCGCAUCUUCACGGACCACCUGUUCCGCGCGCGGCGCUGCUGCCAGGACGUGGGCGGCCGUGCGGAGGCCGUGCACGCGCAGCUGGAGCAGCUGGUGCAGCGAGCUGGCCACCAGGCUGACUCCUCCGUCGCCCUCUACCACUUCAAUGGCUCCCUCUACCUGCUGCGGGUGCUGAAGGGCAGCCCGGCCGAGAAGUGCACACAGAAGAGCCAGAAGAAGCCCAAGACACGGAGCCCACAGGCUGCCAGCUGCCUGGACUUGAACCGCGUGACCUCAGCGUACUUGGCCGCGCUGAGCUCGUUCCUGACCAAGCGCAACAGCCCGCUGACCGUUCCCAUGUUCCUCAGUCUCUUCUCCCGCUACCCGGUGAUCUGUAAGAGCCUGCUCCCGGUCCUGGUCCAGCACUUGGCAGGUUCAACACGGCCUCACAACCAGGUCCAGGCCUGUCUGCUGCUCCAGAGGACUCUGACCAUGCGGGAGCUGAAGCAGUGCUUUGAGGACCACGAGUGGAGGCAGCUGAUAGGCCAGGUUGUGGCGCGGCUCACUGAGAACCUGCGGGCCCUGGGGACGGCCCAGACCAAGUCUGAGCAGCAGAAGGAGCGGUCGUCCCUGGAGCUGCUCAACAGUGUCCUCAGGGCCAUCAGCCACGAGAAGCUGACCGUGGACCUGACUGGGCUCCUGGGUGUGCUGCAGGGCCAGCAGCAGAACCUGGCACAGAGCUGGCAGAAGGGGCCGCAGGCGGGAAGCUCCAGCCGCCUGUAUGACCUGUACUGGCAGGCCAUGAAGAGCCUGGGGGUUCAGCGCCCCAAGCUGGAGAAGGAUGCCAAAGAAGCCCCCAGGGCUCCCCAGAGCCCUGUUAGCAUGAAGCGGAAGAAGAAGGGGUUCUUGCCCGAGACCAAGAAGCGUAAGAAACGCAAGUCUGAGGACGUCCCGCAAGAGGAACCCGAGGAGGCCAAGCCGGCCGCGCCGGCCGCCGCUGCAGACCCACCCCCCAGCACAGGCAAGAAGAGGAAGAAGACGAAGGCCAAAGUUCCUGCCCAGGCCCAGGUCAACGGAACGCCCCCUGCCAAGCGUCCAGCCCCUGCUGCCACCCCGGCCAGGACCCCGAAGCCCCAGAAGCCAGCCCAGGUGAAUGGAGCCACUCCCGCGUCCCCCACGGAGCCUGCAGGUGCAAAGCAGCGUCCCAAGGCCCUUCCCAAAAAGGGGGUCUCCAGCAAGACUCCCCAGUCGGCCCUGCUCCGGAAGAAGGCCAGGCUGUCGUUGUCCACCAGGGGGCCACUCCUCUUCCAGAGUGGGGCCAAGAAGAAGAAGGCGAAGGUGCGAACGCCCUGAGCACAGCCCCCCGCCACCCCCCCCAGCAGCCCCAGAGACGCCUAUUUUUUCAUGGUAAUUUUAAUACAAGCCCCAGCCUCUGGCGCUGCCCCUGAGGGGCAGCGCUGUGGGCCUGGCAGGGGGCGUGCAGGUGACAGGCCUGCCCCCCGCCGUGCUACCGGAGCCACAGGCCUCAUU